GCUCCCGACAUCCCUCCUCCCGCCCGCGCUCCCUCCCUUCGGCUACCGCUCCCCCGGGAGCGGCGGCGGCGGCGGCGGGAUGGCCCGGGCCCGCGGCCAGGCCCCGGGGAGCGGCGGGCGGCGGCGGCCGCGGCGGGGCGGCGCGGGAACAGGGCCCCGGGGGGAGUCGGCCGGGCUGCUGCUGCUGCUGCUCCAGGUGCUGCCGCCCGGGGCUACGGCAGGGCCGGGGCGCCGGGGCACGCGGGGCGCCGGCGCCGGCGGCGUCUGCUGGCCUGGCGCGGCCCCUGCCUUUCCCCGGGACGCGCGGCUGCUGCUGUUCCUGCCGCCGCUGCCGCCACUGUCGCCGCCGCCGCCGCCAAGCUCCGCGCCCGCAGCCUCCGCCUCCCGGAUGGACGCUCUGCCCCGCGGCGGGCUGAACCUGAAGGAGGAGCCGCUGCUGCCCGCCGGCCUGGGCUCCGUGCGCUCCUGGAUGCAGGGCGCUGGCAUCCUGGACGCCAGCACCGCGGCGCAGAGUGGCGUGGGCCUAGCACGAGCACAUUUUGAGAAGCAGCCUCCCUCCAACCUCAGGAAAUCCAACUUCUUCCACUUCGUGCUGGCCAUGUACGACCGGCAGGGGCAGCCCGUGGAGGUGGAGCGCACAGCCUUCAUCGACUUCGUGGAAAAGGACCGAGAGCCCGGGGCCGAAAAGACUAACAAUGGGAUCCACUACCGCCUCCGGCUGGUGUAUAACAACGGACUUCGGACGGAGCAAGACCUCUAUGUGCGUCUUAUCGACUCCAUGUCCAAGCAGGCCAUCAUCUAUGAGGGGCAGGACAAGAACCCCGAAAUGUGCCGAGUGCUGCUCACCCACGAGAUCAUGUGCAGCCGGUGCUGUGACCGGAAGAGCUGUGGCAACCGGAAUGAGACGCCCUCAGACCCGGUCAUCAUUGACAGGUUCUUCCUCAAGUUCUUCCUCAAAUGCAACCAGAACUGCCUGAAGAAUGCGGGGAAUCCCCGAGACAUGCGCCGCUUUCAGGUGGUGGUGUCCACGACGGUGAGCGUGGAUGGACACGUGCUGGCCGUGUCCGACAACAUGUUUGUGCACAACAACUCCAAGCAUGGCCGCAGGGCGCGCCGCCUGGACCCCUCCGAAGCUGCCACCCCCUGCAUCAAGGCCAUCAGCCCCGGGGAGGGCUGGACCACGGGCGGCGCCACCGUCAUUGUCAUCGGCGACAACUUCUUCGACGGGUUGCAGGUCGUGUUCGGAAACGUACUCGUGUGGAGCGAGCUCAUCACGCCCCACGCCAUCCGGGUGCAGACGCCCCCGCGGCACAUCCCCGGGGUGGUGGAGGUGACCCUCUCCUACAAGUCCAAGCAGUUUUGCAAGGGAGCCCCUGGCCGCUUUGUCUACACAGCCCUGAACGAGCCCACCAUUGACUACGGAUUCCAGAGGCUACAGAAAGUCAUUCCCAGACACCCCGGAGACCCCGAGAGGCUGCCCAAGGAAGUGCUGCUGAAGCGGGCGGCCGACUUGGCGGAGGCCCUGUAUGGAGUGCCAGGCAGUAACCAGGAGCUCCUCCUGAAGCGCGCGGCGGACGUGGCUGAGGCUCUGUACAGCGCCCCCCGCGCGCCCGGGCCUCUCGGACCCCUGGCCCCGAGCCACCCGCACCCUGCUGUCAUGGGUAUCAACGCCUUCAGCAGCCCGCUAGCCAUCGCCGUCGGGGACGCCACCCCGGGGCCCGAGCCAGGCUACGCGCGCAGCUGCAGCAGCGCGUCCCCCCGCGGGUUCGCACCCAGCCCCGGCUCGCAGCAGAGCGGCUAUGGCAACGGGCUCGGAGCUGGCCUGGGCGGCUACGGCGCUCCGGGCGUGGCCGGCCUCGGUGUGCCUGGGUCCCCCAGCUUCCUCAACGGCUCCACCGCCACCUCUCCCUUCGCCAGCCUCCAGUCCCCCUGAAGUGGGAUCUAAUGGGUGGCGGGCGAGCAGCUGCAACCUGGGACACCGCCCCCUUCCCAUCUUGCGCCGGGACUUGGGGAGGAAGCUGGCGCCGCCUGCCGUAAGCCUAAGGAAACUCAGGGCUCGAGGGGAAUGGGCUUCCUUCUCGCCGCCCCCAGCCCCCAGGACUCCCAGAGGCCCGGUGGGCGUGGGGAGGAUGUAGUCCUUGCGAUGUCGUCCGGCAGAGCGAGCGAAUUCUGUGUGAUCAGACAGAAGUUGAGUUUCAGUGUCCAGAUCAGGAGCUGCCGGGCAUUCAGCAAGUUACUUGAAUUUGUUUCCUCUCAAAUAGGGUCAGUUCCAUCCCCUGCUUAAGGUUGAUCUCGGAUCUGAAUGUGCCACUGUGCCUAAAGGGGCAGGCAAAAUUCUCAAGGAUGUAUGAUUUCGGAGUCGCAGCCCUGACUGUGGGCGCCGACCACCUCCCAUCUGGCUUCUUAGAGUGGGGAGCUCAGAGCUGGGUGGACGGGCAAUGUCUUUGUGUCAUGAGUGAGUCUGUAUGUCAUUCCCAACAGCUCUGAUGCCUUGUCAUUUUACACUGCCCUCAAGUCUCUACCAACAUCAAGUUCCAGAUCAGCAUGUUCACAGAUCUUUUGAGCUUAGCCAUUCAGCAGACAUUUGUAAAGCGCCCACUUAAUGCAAAGCCCAAGGCUUGGAGGAUCCCUCCACUCCUGUCACCUGCAAGAAGCCUCCCUAUCAAUCAUAAGGGAGGUUGUCCCUCAAGUCCCAGGUGACUCUGCAGUGCUGGAGAAGUGACAAAGUCUGUCCCAGAAGAAACUGGUUGUGGCUUUGCCUGUGGUUCCCUCCCCUCCCCCUGCCCCAUAUUUGCCAUUGCUGAGACUGCACUGUUAGUCCGACCGCCUAGCUUUCCUUGUAGGGCCUGUGUCCUGCCUGCUGCUGUUUCUCGCUGAAGGCUUGAGUCCAGCCCUUUCCUCCAGCCCGAGCUUCUGGGACCCAAGGCCUCAUAAGCCAGAGUUCCAGAGUCUGCAUAGGCUGUGGCCCUCUGGCGUCCCUCCCAAGCCCCCGCCUCUCCUGGUUCUUUGCGCAAACCAGGCUUGACUGCUCCUGCUUCCCUUCAGUUCUGGGGCAGUCCCCUCACAGCCUGUCUGUGGGCGCCCCUUGGUUUUGAAACUUUCCCCUUGGGCCAACACUAGGGUAGUCUGGAACACUGGUCUCCUCCCACACAUACAGUGUGGCCAACAGUAGGGGAACACGCUGCCCCAGUGUGCAGAAGCCAGUCUGUCUGGGGUCUUCUGAUUCAGCAAGAACAAGAAUUCCAGAGCUGCUUAAACCCAGCAUCAGCUGGAGACACGCUGGACUUGAGAGAGUGUUGGUCCCAUUUUGUGAUAUUGUCUUGACCAGGGCUUACCCAGGUACCCUUCCACUCCCCACGUGCAGGGUGCUUUGUGGCCCAACUCUAAGAGGUGUCAUUCUCAUUGAGUUUUCCAGAACAUUCCUGGAAUGACAUUAGAACUGUCCCAGCCAGAGGCUCAAGGGCUGUUUGCUUGGGUCUCUCUUUGUUCUUCUGCUUCUGCCACAAUUCCCUGGAAUGACUCACAAUUCCUCGUGCUACCUACACAAAGUGCAAAAUGUGGCUGUGAGCCUUGGGCGUCGAGAGCUAUAGUACAUUUUCUGGCAUUGUUCUCAAGCCCUUCAUCAGGUUCUGGGGCCUCUCCAGCUAGCAGUAACUAUUGUCUUAAAGGAGAUGAGGCUGAGGGCAUUUGGAAGAGGGGCAGCUGUUGAAGGAGUUAUUGUAUCAAGGGGGGUAGGAGGGUACUCUGAUGCCAAAGGCAGCCUUCUCAAGCUAUUGCUUUCUUCCAGGAAGCCUCAUUGAAAGUGUCGAUGAGAAGUAUCAUUCUCAUUGAGUUGCCAGAACACCCUACUGCCUGCUGCCAGGACAAUACUCAAAUCAUGGCCUUACCGGUCUUUACAGGAGAGAGGCAGGGAAUUGGGUUCAGAUGAGGAUGUAGAAAGGUGGGAUCCAGAGAUUCCCUGGGCCUGAGCCCCCAGGAGAGAAGGCUGCAGGAAGAGGGGGCAGGCAAAGCCCGUGUGCAGGAGGCUCCCUUGCCAUUCCCAGGAGGGCAAGCCACAGGCUGGAUGGCUAGGGAGUUUGAGAACAGGAAGAUCUGAUGUCGAUCGCUGCACUUUUCUUUAAAAUUGACCAGCUGGAAGAGGGAGAUUCAGGAGACUCCCAGGGUCCCAGCUGGAGAUGACAAGGACCUGCAUUAAGAUGUAAGGAAACCAAGUGACCCAGCGUGCAGGGGGAGGUAGGAGAGGGACAAAGGAGCAUAGGAGACAUUGGCAAGGAGAGCAUAUUUGAGGAGGAAGUUGGAGCCUGUUUGUGAUGUUGGACAGAGAGGCCUUGUAACAGGAGCCUGUGUGUUCCCCCAGACUUCAUCCCUGACUACUUGCUCCAGCUCUUCUGUGACCCCUGAACUAUGACUCUAGCCUUGGCACCCCAGGGCUCAUAGGUGUUUUCUAGCGUCUCGGAAUUCCCGGGGCUUUCACCAGAAAUCCUGAAAUAGUCCAGCUGUUGCUCAUCUCAUAUUUGGGGGGCACCUCCCACUAUCUGGUUUUAUUGAAUGUUCUGGUUUUGCUUUUGUCUUUAUGUUCUGUUUUGCUUUGCUUUUGGUCCGGCCCGGUCAUUCCCCAUCCCCGAGAAAAGGUCUCCAGAACCCUCAAGAAGGCAGGGCUGGCCCAGGACCCUCACAGCUCUCAGUGAGGUCUGAGCCUGGUACCUGGGUCAGCAGCCCACGUGGGGCCCCAGCCCGGCUGCUCACUCUGGUGCUGUCUCCCUGUUGUGUCUCCCACCACCUUCCCUGCUGCGCCUGCCCCUCCCUGCCCCGCC